AUGUCUCCUAUUCGGAUUAUUAUAAAAGACUUGCGUAUGUGGAGUAUUUGGACGAGGAGUAGUAUCGUGAGCAAUGUAAUUAGGAAGUGUAGUAGAGAUCGUGGCGUUCGUGAAGUGAUACAAUGUUUCAGACAUGCAUUCUUACGUCCCAAGCGAACACUGCUCAUAUCAGCCACUGCGGCCUACAAAGCUCGAGAUGAUGAAGAUGAAAAUACACCUUGUGAGAAUAGCAUCACAGAUGCAGAAUUGCAGGAGCUCCUCAAAGAUAUGGAUGCAGUAGAAAUGCUGUCACGUAGGACGCUAUUCUGCGAAAACUGCGGGAUGAGGCUGGUGAUAGACAAGAAGCAGCCAGGGGUGCGGUACUGCUCGUGUACCACAUCGCAGGUGUCAGAGAAACCAACUGAUAUGUCAGACGGAUGGGUACCAUAUAUGGAAGCUGAAGACGUUAUUAUCUGGAGGAAGGAGUAUAAGCCUGGACUCGGACUGUAUGCUUAUAAGGUGUACGGUCGAUAUUCAGAAGUUCGAGCAGCAGACUUUGCAGCGAUCCAGGUGGAUGGAGCAUACCGCCGGGUGUGGGAUGCAGCAGUCGCAGCGCUAACGGUCGUGGAGCGUAGCGCCAACGGCCUUUCAGACCAAGCUGUACUACAUUGGGAAGUGCUAUGGCCUAGGCUAUUCGCAAACCGCGACUACGUGUACAUUCGACGUCACAAAGAGUUCGAUGUGGUAGGCAAAAGUUUAAGGCACAGGGAAGGACUGUUCCAAGCUGAGGUUACAACCGACGGGCCCUGUACUCAAAUAUUCACCGAGAGACCUAGUGUGCAUUCGAACGCGAAACGGAAAGCCACCGAGAUAAAUGCGAAAGAGAAGGAAGAUAGCGCUUGCGAAAAUAAGGUUUACGUGAUACUGAACCGGUCAUGCGAACACCCAGACGUGCCCGAGACAAAACACGCGAUCAGGGUGUCUGAGUACUGGAGUCAUAUGGUGGUGAAGACAAUGAACGGACCAAAUAAGAAUGGCAUGGAAUUCGUCUUGACAUACUACGAUGAGCCAGCAGUGGGCGGUAUGCCCAGCAGCGUGGCAUCGUGGGCGACCGGCCGCGCCGCCCCCGCCUAUCUACAGCGCAUGCGGCGCGCCGCCACCGAGUAUCGAGCUUGGAGGGACACCACACAACAGGAUAUACCAGACUUCACGCCAUUCGGGCCACAGGAUAAGAAAAUUAGCGAUGAAAAGGAGUUAGUUCCUCUACAAAUAGAUAAGGAAGUAGUGACGAUCUCCGUGGACCCCGGGCUGGAAUCAUCCUGCAAAGAAGAUGAGAGCGUUAGUGAUCCAGUCACUGAGGGGAAAAAGCACACCAUUACUGAUGACGAAACAGAGUUUGGAUUAGAAUCGAUUCCGUACAAUUCGGAGAUGGAAGUUAAGGAAACCAAGACCCGCGACCAAGGGACGCAGACAGAACAGGUAGAUGACGGACAGAAAGAAAACGACAACAGACGGAAGGAGGACAAAAGCGUUUCCACCGACCGAGAAGUUAGACAUGAUCCUGUACAGACGGAUGGUGAACCUUUAAAGGUGGUGGAAGAAGAGGAGCCAAAAAAUGGAAAAGCAGAGAAGAGUUAA